AUGCCAUCACCACCACUACUGCCACCAAAACCCCUGACACCGCACGACCUACGCCUAGCCUGCCGAAACGGAACCUACAGCACAACAACCAGCCUAACCAUCCCAACAGUGCAGUGCAACCUCCUAGUCCUCCCAUCCCGCUACGCCCCCUCCUUCACACAACUCUGCGCGCGGAACCCGGUCUCCUGCCCGCUCCUCCACUCCACCCUCCCCGGAAGUAAGACCACCCCACUAGCGCCAGGGGCGAACCUGGCAACCGACCUGCCAAAGUACAACGUAUACAAGGACGGGAAACUGCUCGCGGAGGGGGAUGGGAUCGCUUCGGUGGAGAAGUACUGGACGGAGGAUCAUGUCGGGUUCCUGAUCGGUUGCUCCUUCUCCUUUGAGUGGAGGCUGGCCGCUGCUGGGUUCCCACCCAAGCACACGCUUUGCGUGCCUGUCCGGUGCGUACCCAUGUUCCGGACGGGGGUCCCGUUGUCGCCGGCUGGGGAGUUUACGGGUGGGUGCUUGGUUGUCUCGAUGAGGGCUUAUAAAGAGGAGGAUGUGGCGGAGGUUAGGCGCAUCACGCGUGCGUUCAGGAGGCAGCAUGGAGAGCCCGUGGCCUGGGGGUGGGAUGGGGCCAGGAUGCUGGGGAUUGAGGGGAAGGUUAGAGAGGGGUUGGUGGACUUUGGGGAGUGGGUUGGGAUUGAUGGGGAGGUUGGGGAGGUUCCGGUUUUCUGGGGGUGUGGAGUCACGCCGCAGGUUGCGGUCAUGGAAAGUGGGAUUGAGGGGGUAGUUAUUAGCCAUGUUCCUGGGUGUAUGUUUGUUACGGAUGUCCCGGUCGAGGAUGAAGAGGUAUCUGGUCUUAAAUUAUGAUCACUUGCAGAGAGUUUGGUUCUGUUAAUUUGCAUUUGAUGCAAUAUUAGUAAUUGUCAAAGCCUCAGUGCUUGGUGGAUUCUUCACAAUGAAUCACUCGAACCCCG